UUGACCCCUACAGGUGUGUGCGAGAGCGAGAGAUAUCGAUUACAUUUGCAUAAUUGAUUCAGGAUAUUAUUUCACUGAUGGAUCACCAAGCUACUCCCCCCAAACCUUCUCUUCCUCUUCAUCCUCAUAUCAUCAUCAUAGCAUACCCAUUUCCAUCCCACAUCCACUCCAUGCUCAACUUAGCCCAACUGCUUUGCCUCUCCCACCUCAAAGUCACGUUCAUCACAACCGUCCACGCGCGAAACAACCUUCUGUGCUUCUCCGAUGUCAUCUCCCGCUUCCGCUGCUACUCCGGCUUCCGUUUUGAGACGAUUCCCGACGGCCUCCCCCACGGCCUCACUGAUGAUCACCGGAGCUCAGGCGUCGGCAUAGUACAACUCCUUCAUUCUCUCUCGGCCACGGCGAAACCGUUCCUGAAGGAGAUCGUCGUCACCUCCGGCGGCGAGGAUAGCGCGCCGCAGAGGUGCAUCAUCGCCGAUGGAUUCGCGAAUUUCGCGGUUGAUGUUGCGGAGGAGGUGGGCGUUCCCAUUAUUUCGUUUCAUCCUGUGAGCGCCGCCGCUACUUGGGCGUAUUUUAGCAUCCCUUCUUUGAUUCAGGCUGGCGAGCUCCCCUUCAAUGGAAAGGAUAUGGACGAGCCAAUCUUAAGUGUUAAGGGUAUGGAGAAGUUGCUUAGACGCCGUGAUCUUCCCGGCAAUUGUAGAGUGGAUGACUUAGAAGAUCCAUUUUUCAAGUUUAUGAUGGAGUUUCGAAAAUGUUUUCGAACCAAACAUCACAUAAUCAACUCAUUUCAAGAACUCGAGGGUUCGACACUCGACCAGAUGCGAAUCGGUGACAUGUUGAACGUGUACGCAAUUGGACCGUUACAUGAAUUACUACGAAACAAACUUGGUAGUUGUAAUGUUACAUUGACCACUUCUUCGAAUGGUUUGCAUGAAGAUGGCAAAAAAUGCAUGGAUUGGCUUGAUAGGCAGCCGCCAAACUCUGUUUUGUACGUGUGCUUCGGGACUCUAACUUUGGUGAGCGAAGAAACCCUCGCGGAGUUUUGGCAUGGGUUGAUGAAUAGCGGGCAGCGUUUUCUGUGGGCUUUAAACCCGCGAUUGGUUCUGAACAAGAAAGUAGAGCGCGGAGAGGUUCCGACAGAAAUCUUGAACGGGUUAGAGGGACGAUGUUGCGUUGUGGAGUGGGCUCCGCAACAGGAAGUGCUGGCACACUCUGCUGUUGGAGGGUUUCUGACUCAUUGUGGAUGGAACUCCAUUAUGGAGAGCAUCGUUGCCGGGGUGCCAAUGAUCGGUUGGCCUUUCUAUGCCGAUCAACAGGUGAAUAGUAGGUUUCUUGGGGAGGUUUGGAAGAUCGGGUUAGACAUGAAAGACACUUGUGACAGACACAUAAUUGAGAAAAUGGUGAGGGAUCUAAUGGAGGUGAGGAAAGAUGAGUUCUUGCAAAGAGCUAAGCAAUUUGCAAAUUCUGCUAAAGAAUGUGCAAAAGAAGGUGGUUCAUCUAUCUCUUCUUUAGAGAACUUGAUUGAAGAUAUAAAGAGAAUGUGAAUUGUAUUGUGAUGAAUUGUGCUCAGCUCAGCUCAUUAUAUUUUUAGAUUAAU